AUUCUUGUAUAACUCCACAGUUUAAACCAAAUCUCCUUCACAUACUUCUCUUUUUGCAUUCUCCCUAACAAGUCGGUCAGAACAUUUUUGGUUUCGGGAUUUAAACAGUUUGCAAAAAUGAGUGAAAGGAGUUACAGCUCUUCACCACCAAGAAGUUACGGCAGCAGAGGAGAUUCUCCAAUUAUCCUUCUUGUUCGCAACCUUCGUCUUGAUUACACCCGAGGUCGGUCUCGUUCACGUUAUUCUUCUCAAUCACCUCCGCGCAAUUCUCAGUCUCCUCCUCCUACACGAAGAUAUUCGAGCCGAGGUCUUUCUCGUUCACAUUAUUCUUCUCAAUCACCUCCGUACGAUUCUCUGUCUCCUCCUCCUACACGAAGAUAUUCGAGCCGAGGUCUUUCUCGUUCACAUUAUUCUUCUCAAUCACCUCCGUACGAUUCUCUGUCUCCUCCUCCUACACGAAGAUACUCGAGUCAACACCGGGACUACAAUGUGAGUCCCCCAAGGAGCCGCGGCGGAAGUAGGAGCCGACAUCAUCCCGCGGAGUAUCCGAGGGCACCCCCUAGGUCCCCUAGCCAAAGUUAUUGUUCAAGUUUUGCUGGCACAAUGUGUCGAUGCAAUAGAGACGUUGCAAUUGGAACAACUUGGACGGCGAAGAAUCCUGCAAGAAAAUUUGCAUGUUGCACCAAUUUGGAUAAACCAAACGGAUGCAAUUUUCUUCAAUGGGCUGAGCCUGAAAUUUGUGAAAAGGGACUGGAAAUUGGGCGAGGAUUUAUAGGAUUUCUGGAGCAAAAAAACUAUAAGAUACAGACUCUAGAGGCAUAUAAUGAGUCACUGAAAUCGAACAUUGUGACUCGUAAUCAAGUUGCUCUAAAAGCAACGAGAGAAAACGAAGAUAUGAAGAUGAAGUUGCAAGAAACCGAAGAGAAACUCAAGAAAUUAGAAUCUGAAAUAUCCAGCCAUUGUGUUAUAUGCUAAAUUCAAGCAAACUUAACAACUUUUAUUGAAAAUUAGAGCUCCAACAGCUCUUUUAUAUUAUAGACCACAUGGCAUAUUAUAAAUUAGGCUCGUCAAAUUUGACACACCAAGAGGACGCAAAAUCACUUUGUUAGAAAAUCAAAUGACGGUACAAUUGCACAAGUUCCCAA